AUGGGAGGCGACGGGCCGGCGAUCGGCGUCGACCUCGGCACGACCUACUCGUGCGUGGCCGUGUGGCGGCCGUCCCACAACCGCGUCGAGGUCGUCCCGAACGACCAGGGGAACCUCACCACGCCGUCCUGCGUCGCCUUCACCGACGCCUGGCGGCUCAUCGGCGACGCGGCUCUCAACCAAGCCGCAAGGAACCCCGUCAACAGCGUCUUCGAUGCGAAGCGACUGAUUGGCCGGCGAUUCAACGACGCGUCUGUGCAAGGAAAUAUCAAGCUAUGGCCUUUCAAAGUCAUUCCAGGCCCUGCUGACCGACCGAUGAUGGCGGUUCAGUACGGGGGUGAGGAGAAGCAUUUCACGGCAGAAGAGAUCUCCUCCAUGAUACUUGUUAAGAUGAAGGAGACUGCCGAGGCCUACCUCGGCAUGUCGGUGAAGAACGUCGUCAUCACUGUCCCGGUUUACUUCAACGACUCCCAGCGCCAGGCCACCAUUGAUGCCGGUGCGAUUGCUGGCCUCAACGUCCUGCGCAUCAUCAACGAACCCUCCGCAGCAGCUAUUGCCUACGGCCUUGACAAGAUGCCCGGCAGCGGUGAAGCGAAGACGGUACUCAUCUUUGAUCUCGGCGGCGGUACUAUGGAUGUCUCCAUUAUCAGUGUACAAAAUGGUGUCUUCACGGUCAAGGCCACGUCUGGUGACACCCACCUGGGCGGGCAGGAUCUCAACAACCGGAUGGUGGAACACUUUGUGCAAGAUUUCCUCAAGAAACACAAGAGUGACAUCAGAGGCAGCCCGAGGGCGCUCAUGCGGCUGAGGACGGCCUGCGAGAGGGCCAAGAGGAUGCUGUCCUCCACGGUGGAGGCGAAAUUCGAGAUCGACAAGCUGCACGACAGCAUUGACUACUAUGGGAGGAUCACUCGUGCCCGUUUCGAGGAGCUCAACAUGGACCUCUUCCGCAAGUGCAUCGAGCACGUCGAGAAAUGCCUCAGCGAUGCCAAGAUGGACAAGUCUCAGAUCCAUGACGUUGUGCUCGUGGGCGGCUCCACCCGGAUCCCCAAGGUGCAGCAGCUGCUCCAGGAUUUCUUUGAUGGGAAGACGCUCUGCAAGAGCAUCAACCCCGAUGAGGCCGUCGCCUACGGUGCCGCCGUCCUCAGUGGCGAGUGCGACCGCAAGGGGCAGGACUUCCUCCUGCUGGACGUCACUCCACUCUCGCUCGGGGUCGAGAUAUAUGACUCGCGAGUGCAGCCCCAUAUACCUGGUUUCAUGAACGUGCUGGUUCCCCGGAACACCACCAUCCCUGUUAAGAGGGAGGGGCGGUACACGACUGAAUUCGACAACCAGAAGAGCGUGCGCAUCAAGGUGUAUGAGGGUGAAGGGGCAUGGACCAAGGACAACAAGCUUCUGGGGGAGUUCAUGCUCGAGGGCCUCGUCCCAGCGCCAAGGGGCGUGCCGAAGAUCAUUGAAACCAUGGAAGUCGAAGCGAACGGCAUCCUGAAGGUGACGGCGGUGGACAUGACGACCGGGAGCAAGAAGAGCAUCAACAUCACGACCAACAAGGGCGGGCUGAGCAAGGAGGAGAUCGAACGCAUGGUGAAGGACGCCGAGAAGUACAGGUCCGAGGACAGGAAGAGGAUAAUGAAAAUGAAGAAGGAAGACGAGGAGGGCUGGCUGAGCAAGGCUGAUUUUGAGAGGAUAGUGCCGAAUAGCAAGAUGCAAGUGAAGAAAAUAAAGAUGGAAGACGAUGAGGGUUGGCUGAGCAAGGAGGAGUUUGAGCGGACGGUGCAGCAUGCAAAGAAGCAGAGGAAGCAAAUAAAGGAGGAAGCCGGAGGCCCAUAA